AUGCUGGAGACGUUACCGUGUGAGAUCCUGAUGCUGAUCGCGGACUGGCUGCCACCCGCCCACCUGCGCGCUCUCAGCCGAGUCUCGUCGAGAUUAUAUUCAGUUUUGGUUCCUUAUAUCUACCGUACCAUUGCAUUUCACGCAGUAAAUGGCGGCUUGGGACAUGUGUCCCGAUGGGAGUUCUCGAUUAGGGAGGCUAUCUCAGCCGGUAUCAACAGCGCCUCUCCCGUCUCUCACUCGUCACGGACGUGCAUCCGUCAUAAUUGGAGCCAUCUCGAUCACCUAUCCAUCGGCUUUGUUUAUUCCGCUUCCGCCCGUGCUCUGUGCUGGGAGAGUCUUGGACUCCUUGUCUACCAUGAGCGCAAACUCGCCCCCAUCGGCGAGGAUGGCUUGUUUGAGGACGAUCGGGAUGUGUCGCCCGUGACUGCUUUGGCACUGUGUGCAAGACCAUCUGCCGCUCGGCGGUGCCUUCGACCCACGGCAAAGCAUUCCCAGCUUCGGCUUUUACAUUUGCGGUUCAGCGGUCCCGAGCGAAUCCAUCGAGAUGUCCAACGAGAGAUUAUCACCUUCCUCCAUGAGACACGCAAACCGUAUUCACAGGACCCUCGUUCGCGCAGGGGUCUUGUGGACGAGGAUAUCUCUAGUGAUAAUAAUGACUACGAUCGUAUUCUCAACGCGUACUACGAUAGGUCGCCCUUCGAGUGUAUGGAUUUUCAGGAGGUAGUGCUCGAGUCGUCCGCAGCAAUAGCAGAGGCCGAGGAUUUUGUGUCAUUUGCCGAAUGGGCAUUUGGCCCCGGUGGACUGCCGGCUCUACAGGUCCUUGCGUUCGGCGACUUCUCCCACGGUGAUCGGUAUAGGGGGCAGCAGUUUUUGAUGCGUCGCGCCUAUCCUGGAUGGGAUAGUGACGGCAAGGGACUCGCCGGCCUCACGUGCGACGAUACGACGCGGCUACCUUUCCGUCCGGCAGAUAUGGCUGAUCCUUCGAUUUGGGAUGGUGUUUCGGUGGACGGAGCUCGGUUUCUGUCCGCAUGUCCAGGAGGCGGAUUGAUGGAGUCACCGUAUGAGCCGUAG